CGUUUCUAUUCAACAUUUUUGAUUCCCGAAUUUAUUGUCAAAUAUUUAAGUUAAUUGAAAAAACAUAUUUUCUCUUUUAUUAAUGUUAUCAAAGUGAUUUCCAUUUGCAUUCAAAAUGUUUUCCAUUCAGCAUAUGCUACGCGAUCUGUUCAGCUAUUUUAGGGUGCAGCAGCGGCUGGUCCUCUGCUGCUUCAGCCUCUUGGCCAUCAUCAAUGCAUACACGAUGAGACUGUGCCUGGACCUUUCCCUGAAUCGCAUUGCCCUGGAAGGUUGUGCUCAUCAUCCUCCCCCUUCUUCUACUCCUCCGCAUUCAGCUGCACAGAGCAAGUCACACAAUUGGUUCACAGAACUGGCUGCUCGAUUGAAUCAAACGGAAAACAUGCUAAGAGCCAGACUUCGGGCUGGCAGGGAGCAUCUGUACCAUCCCACGAGGGUGCCUCUCGCAGCAAUCGAGCAGCCGGUAAGGGUAAAAGUGCCAUCUAGUGCGUCGAUAAAAGUGUCCUCUCGCGAGCGGAUAAGCUGCUCCGAGCUGUGGUCGCGACAGACCCAAACCCUGGUCACGGUGGCCUUCUAUGCCGGCUACAUGCUCACCCACAUCCCAGGCGGCCGCCUGUCGGAGCGUUGUGGCGGCAAAUGGAUAUUAGGAGCCGCCAUCAUGUCCUCGGCCAUUCUCACGCUGCUGACGCCGGUGGCUGUACGCCAUGGUGGUCCGUAUGCCCUGGUGGCUGUCCGCCUUGGCAUCGGACUCUGCGAGGGUCCCACCUUCCCGGCGGUGUCUGCUUUGCUGGCCCAGUGGGUGCCGGAGGGAGAGCGCGGACUGCUGGCCAGCGGUGUUCUGAGUGGUGGAGAGAUUGGCAUCACCCUGGUGCAGCUGCUCAGUGGGUUGGUGAUGGCGGAAGAGGAUUGGCCGGUGGCCUUCUAUGUGGUCGGUGGUGGGGCUGUUGCCUGGUUCCUGGGAUUCAUCCUGAUCUGCUAUAGCAAACCCGACAACUGUCCGUACAUACAGAGCGAGGAGCGGGAUUACAUCAAGAGCCAUGUCAGUGCCACACUGCUGGUAACAUCCAGCAACGCGGGUGGGGACCAACCACCGAAUGCGCCCUGGAAGAGCAUGCUGAUGAGUACGCCGCUGUGGGCGCUGGUUUCCGCCUCCAUGCAGCACGACUGGAGUCAGCAGCAGUUCGCCCAUGAGUUGCAGAAAGUGCUGGAGGAUCUCAGAUCCAAGGGCAGCACUCUGUGGGAUGAGCUGGAGGCAAGCAUAGUGGUGACGGCUCCCCAUCUCUGCAAUUGGCUGGCCUCUCUCAGCACGGGCACUCUGAGCGACUUUCUCAUAGCCGAGCGCAUCCUCAGUCGCACGGAGACGCGUCGCCUCAUGACCUGGCUGGUGUUUGUCUGCGGCUCCAUGUACAUGGUCUACUUGAAAUCGGAUGGUGCACGCAUCUGGAGUGUCCUGGCCGUAGGCGCCUACUACGCGGGCGUCAAGCUGCUGCCCCUGGACAUGAGUCCCAAUUACGCUGGCACCCUGAUGGGCAUCUCAAAUGGCUUGGGUGCGUUGCCUGGUCUACUGCUGCCCUAUCUGCAGGAGUUCGAGGCUGACUAUGCCAUUGUGGGAAGCGUGCGCUCCGCCCUCUGGCUUAUCUGUUCCGCUUACAUAUCCGGCGAAGUGCAGUCGUACAACCAACCGGCGGGCUAAGACCAGGGGGGCCACAAAAUCACGACGAUUCAGCUUUUACUUAUUUUAAUCUUACGUUUAAGCAUAGGCUAUGUGGCUGUGUGGAUUCCUUAGGCAACAAAGAUUAUACAUGAAAUGAAUUUAAACGCUUCAACGGCGAGUUAUCGUCAUCGUCACACAAUUUGAUGCUAGAACU